AUGGCCUCCACUUGUGUAGUGCAGGAGCAGUCGCGCGAUGCCAACACAAUCACUCUCCAGACUUUGCCUCCGAGUGAGCGCUCAAGAACAGAUUCGUCCGAAACAUCCCAUGAGGGAUUUGCGGCGCUGGAGAAGUGGAAUGAGCCUCGGAUCAAUGCAUAUCGCUCGUUUGCGACUUUCUUCAGCUUCCUGGUAAUGGGCGCGAAUGAUGCGGCAUACGGUCUUGAAUCAUAUUACAACCUCUCCUACACAGUUGUGUCUCUCGUCUUUCUGUCUCCGCUGGUCGGAUAUGUUCUUGCAGCAUUCCUUAACAAUCGAAUUCACACCUCGCUUGGACAGCGCGGCCCCGCUUUGAUCGGACCAGGGUGCCAUCUACUCGCCUAUAUCGUCAACUGCGUCCAUCCUCCCUACCCAGUCCUUGUGAUCUCCUUCAUCUUCGCCGGCUUCGGCAACGGCCUCGAGGACGCAGCAUGGAACGCGUGGAUCGGGAACAUGGCUCAUUCAAAUGAGUUACUUGGACUGUUGCAUGGUAUAUAUGGAUUAGGAGCUGUGCUGAGUCCGCUGAUUGCGACAUCGAUGAUCGCGCGGGCAAAUAUGCCCUGGUAUUACUUUUAUUUCGUCAUGGUCGGUUGCGCGGCCAUUGAACUCAUCGUUUGUGGCACCUGCUUUUGGAAAGCAACAGGCGCAGUCUUCCGACAAGCGAGGGCCGACACCGGUGGCGAUAGUAAAAAGGGUGGACUCAGGACAGCACUCUUUACACGCCCCUCUGCACGAGUCACUUGGCUGUGCGCGGCGUUCUUGCUCGGAUACGUGGGUGUGGAAGUUGCGCUGGGUGGAUGGAUUGUGACCUUCAUGAUUCGCGUGCGAAACGGGGGCGCUUUCGCCAGUGGAAUGACAGCGACUGGGUUCUGGUUAGGUAUCACAGUCGGACGGAUUCUACUGGGCUUUGUGACGCCGCGAGUAGGAGAGAGAAGUUGGCGAUUUCAGUGGGCAUAUAUCCUGCUAUCCAUCGCCUUUGGACUCGUCCUCUGGCUUGUGCCACAAUUUUAUGCAUCGGCAGUCGCAGUCUCGCUUCAGGGUUUCUUCCUAGGCCCCCUUUUUCCCGGUGUCGUGGUGAUGAUCGCCAAACUGUUACCUCGACACUUGCAUGUCAGUUCGAUAGGAUUUGCAGCGGCAUUUGGAGGGUCCGGGGCUGCGAUUCUGCCAUUUGCUGUAGGUGCACUGGCGCAGGCAAAGGGUGUUCAAGUGUUACAGCCAUUCAUCAUAGCUCUAUCCGGAGCUAUCUUCCUCAUGUGGUUGGGACUACCGCGGGUAUCGAAAGAGCAGCGGGAUGAUUGA